AUGGACGCCGACCUCAUCAAGCUCGUAACAAGCUGCAGGACACCUUCGCAACCUCGGCAGGAGAUAGGUUGGCAGUCAGUCUGCGGAAAGUCCAGUGUGCUCGAGACGUCACCGAGCUACCGACAAGUCUUCGAGUGGCUCGUCGGACCAUCCGCGAGCGAAUAUUACAGGAACCGCAGCAUCGUACUUUCCGGCGAUUGGAUCUUGUCGUGGAUAUGCCUUUCUCCCGGCGCACCUGCACCAACAUACACGGAAUGGGGCCAGUUCUUGCACCUUGACAAGCGAUUCACCGACUUUGAUGAAUCCGGCGGGAGAUUGAACAGGAGACGUUCAGAGUGGCGGGGCAGAACAAGGCAUCAGCAAGCUGCCGAUCACCUGCGAAUAUACAGCCCGGACGUUCUAGAUUUGACAUUGGUAGAUUUGCCGGGACUGACAAAGAUCCCAGUGGGCGACCAACCAAGUGAUAUUGAGCGACAAAUCCGAAGCUUGGUACUGGACUAUGUCACGAAGCCCAAUUGCAUCGUCCUCGCUGUCUCCCCUGCCAACGUUGACCUCGCCAACUCAGAAUCACUCAAACUCGCGCGCUCCGUUGACCCACAAGGACGGCGCACGAUUGGUGUCCUCACGAAACUUGACCUCAUGGAUGCAGGGACAAACGCGCUCGACAUCCUCACGGGACGCGUGUAUCCGCUCAAGCUGGGCUUCAUUGGUGUUGUAGGCCGGAGUCAGCAGGACAUUAACGCUGGCAAGCAAUUGUCCGACGCCAUUGACACGGAGUUGGAGUUCUUCCGGUCGCAUGCUGCAUACAGAAAUAUUGCGCACAAGAACGGUACGAAGUAUCUAGCUAAGACUCUCAACCAGGUCUUAUUGAAUCAUAUCCGCGACAAGCUUCCCGAUAUGAAGGCGCGGUUGAAUACGUUGAUGGGUCAGGCGCAACAGGAAUUGAACUCUUUCGGAGAUGCAGCGGUGUAUGGGGACAAGAACCAGCAAGGCGCCCUCGUACUGCGGCUCAUGACUCAAUUCGCACGCGACUUCGUCGCGUCAAUAGAGGGCACGAGCGUCGACAUCUCGACGAAGGAACUGUCAGGCGGUGCACGGAUAUACUACAUCUUCAACGACGUCUUCGGCUCCGCGCUUAAUUCUAUAGACUCGACGCACAAUCUUGACAACCAGGACAUCCGUACAGCCAUUCGCAAUUCGACAGGCCCGAGACCAAGCCUUUUCGUGCCGGAAAUCGCCUUCGACUUACUCGUAAAGCCACAAAUCAAGCUACUGGAGUCACCGAGUUUGCGAUGCGUCGAACUCGUGUACGAAGAAUUGGUCAAGAUCUGUCAUAACUGCACCAGCGCAGAGCUGCAACGGUUUCCCCGGCUACACGCGCAGCUGGUGGAAGUGAUAUCAGAGCUGCUUCGGGAGCGUCUGGGUCCGACGACGGACUAUACGCAGAGCUUGAUUGACAUUCAGACCGCUUACAUCAACACGAACCAUCCAGCAUUCAUUGCUGGGUCCGCUAUGGCCACGCAGGCACCGGCGAUGGCGCCGCCGAAACAUGAGUUCCGCAGGCCCUCAUCUGCCCAGUCAGUCAAUGGACCUGUGUCUCCUGAUGAAGACGAAGACACAUCAGAAGAGACAAAUGGGAUGAACGGUGUGGCGCUUCGGGAUGGGCGGUCCGUUUCUUCCACAGUUCAUGACCGCGCUCGGACGAUCGCGUCUGUCAACGAUGCUGGGACGUCCCCGCGUCGAACGGGUUCACCGAAGCCGCACAAUCAGCAUGGCACUGUGCGACCGCACUCUGCUCAUCCUGCAGGGGGCGCGGCCAAGGAGACGUUCCUCAACUAUUUCUUUGGACAAAACGGCCCGGGUCCCAUCAGUGGAGCGACAGCAGAGCGCGCUGCUUCGGGUACCGGCGCCACCACCAUCGGACGGGAUGUCAGUGGGGGUGAUCCGUCCUUGCACUCGGGGCUCAUGGCGGGUAAGCGGAGCCUGGAGGGCAACAAUGCGGCGUUUGACAUGAAGAGCCUAGGCAAACACAUUGAAGCGGCGUCAGACAAAGGUCCUCAGCUAACUCCGCGCGAGGAAAUGGAGACGAAUCUCAUCAGGUCGCUCAUUGCGUCCUACUUCAAUAUCGUGCGACAGACGAUCCAGGAUCUUGUUCCCAAGGCGAUCAUGCACUUCCUGGUAAACAACACGUCGCAACAGGUGCAGAACCGACUUGUGGCGUCGCUCUACAAGCCGGAUCUCUUUGGUGAACUACUCAAUGAGGACGAAACCCUCGUCGCUGAGCGAACGAGGGUAAAGGCGCUUUUAGAUGCGUACAAGGAUGCGUUCAAGACGCUGUCGGAGGUAACACUGAAGUCGUCAUAG